AUGAGUAACGCCAUAAAUACGGACUUCUUUUCCAUUGCCAGAAGGCCAUCGAGUCCGAUCAAGUUGACCAAGGAAUCAGCUCCACGGUUCAAACUCUCCUCGAAAAACCUCCAGAAAAACACCAUACCGAAGCCACUCGAGCCUCUGUCAUUACUGGAAAGCGUUGAGUACGAUAAUCGAUCCAAACGCCACCCACCUCAUCCUGUCCGAAUCUCCGUCGCGAAGAAGAACACCAACAAGGAACAAGGACAGAUCAUCAAGAUUGCGACGGCGCACAUUCCUCGCCUUACGUCUGUCGGCGAACACUUCUGA